AUGAUUGCAAAGGUUUUCCUACUAACUCUCCUGGUGGCCGUCGCCAGUGCCACACCUGUGACCCAGGACACGAGCAUGGUCGGCUAUCGUGAGGCGAUGGACAUGUUCCUUGAUGCCUGGAAGAAGAUGAUUCCCUGUGGCUUUCCUUCCGAAAAUAUUCCAGUUCUUGCUCCAUUGACCACUGACUUCUACGCCUUCAACUACAACAACGGAGAGACCAACCUGGUUGGCAAUGUGAGCAACAUCCGCAUCUCGGGUCUGAACAACUUCCAGGUGCUGAGUGGCAGUUACGAUCCCACCACCCUCCGCGCCACCUUUGACGUGUUGUUCCCAGAGCUGCAGAUUCUGGGCUCCUAUGAAGUUGAGGGAACAGUCGGUAUUGGUGGCCUCCCUUUGCCCAUCCGCCAGAGCGUUCUGAUCAACAAGAAACUGUCAGACUGGCGUUUCGUUGGCGAUUACACCUUUGCCCAGAGCUUAAGCAACUCCAAUGGACUGCGCUUAGCCGACUUCAACCUGCAAUACUUCGUUGCCAAUGUUCAGGCCGCCAACUGGAACAAAUUCAUGGACAUCGCAACCAACAACUACUUCAAUAGUUUCAUCAACUCUUUCUCUCUGCUCUUCACUGAGGAGAUUCAGCCUUAUGUCAACCCUAUGCUUGAGAAAUACUUAUUGCCCACCAUCAAUAACCUGCUCUCAAACGUGGACAUGACCCAGCUGACUAAUUACUUAGCAAUGCAAGCUGAGAUGUGGAACAGCGCUGACUGCAAGGUUUUGGCUUAG